AUGUAUGUACCACAAAUUUUUGACAUAGGGAGAACUGAAUUUGCAAUGUUCAUGAACCACCGGGUCCCUGCCCACAAGAGGUACCAGCCCACGGAGUACGAACAUGCGGCCAACUGUGCCACCCAUGCCUUCUGGAUCAUUCCCAGCAUCCUCGGCAGCUCCAACCUCUACUUCCUGUCAGACGACGACUGGGAAACCAUGUCAGCCUGGAUCUAUGGCUUUGGCCUCUGUGGCCUCUUUGUGGUCUCCACCGUGUUCCACACCGUCUCCUGGAAGAAGAGUCACCUCAGGAUGGUGGAGCACUGCCUGCACAUGUCCGACCGGAUGGUCAUCUACUUCUUCAUCGCGGCCUCCUACACACCCUGGCUAAAUCUUCGGGAGCUGGGCCCCUGGGCCGCCCACAUGCGCUGGCUGGUCUGGAUUAUGGCCUCUGUGGGCACCGUCUAUGUCUUCUUCUUUCAUGAGCGGUACAAAGUCCUGGAGUUGCUGUGCUACGUCGUGAUGGGAUUUUUCCCAGCCCUGGUCAUCCUUUCAAUGCCCAACACCGAAGGGAUCUGGGAGCUGGUGACCGGAGGGCUCUUCUACUGCUUGGGCAUGGUGUUCUUCAAGAGUGACGGCAGGAUCCCCUUUGCCCACGCCAUCUGGCAUUUGUUUGUGGCAUUUGGUGCUGGUACCCACUACUAUGCCAUCUGGACAUACCUCUAUCUGCCCAGCACCCUGCAGGCCAAGGUGUCCAAAUGAGGGGUCCGGACUCCAUGGUGCAUUGGGACUCUUGGAGCAGAACAGCAUGGAAAGUGCUUCUGAGAACUUUGGUCCAUACCACAG